CCUGCUUCAUACGACCUGGAAAACUAUGACCUGGACACAGAGACAUGGGAUCUGAACUCUUAUGGAGAGACUUAUGAUUAUGAUGACCUGGAGGAGGAGAUUGAGGUGGGAACAGUGGCAGUGGCUUCUCAGCCCCCUGAUGUAGACCAACCCACUGACUCUGCAGAGGAGAUGGUACUUCCACCCGAUCCAACCAAGGCCCCAGUCAUGCCCACCCUGGACUUUGCUGGCCCUGGGCUCUUUGGACCUGAGACAGGACUUGGUAUGCCCACCUGUUUACUAUGUGUAUGUCUUAGUGGGAGUGUUUACUGUGAUGAUGCUGACCUGACCCAAAUCCCUCCACUGCCUAAAGAAACCACUCAUUUUUAUGGCCGUUUUAAUAAGAUCAAAGAGGUGAAGGCCACAGACUUCAGGAACCUGAACCAGCUGAAGAGGAUCGAUCUGACGGGGAACCAGAUCUCCAAGGUGGAUGAAGAUGCCUUCCGCUCCCUGCCCCAGCUCCAGGACCUGCUGCUGGCUGACAACAGAAUACAAGCCCUGCCUGAACUCCCGGUCACCCUGAGACACAUUGACGUCCGCAACAACCAGCUGAAGAGCGCUGGCAUACAUGAAGAGGGCUUCAAGGAACUUAAUCAGUUGGAGUUCCUGUACCUUUCCAAUAACCAACUGGAUUACAUCCCCACCCCACUGCCUGAGAGUCUGCGGGCUCUUCACUUACAGAACAACAACAUCCAGAGUCUGCACCAGGACACCUUCUGCAACAAGCACGACAUCAAUUAUGUGCGGCACGCUCUGGAGGACAUCCGUCUGGACGCAAACCCCAUUGAUAUUAACCUGUACGCCAGGGCCUAUAUCUGCCUGCCACGCCUGCCCGUAGGCGGCGCUCACUGA